AUGCCCGCCCCCGGUGUCCGACAUGAGGAUGAGCACCCGCGUCUUGCCGUCCCGCUUGCGCCUGGCCACCCCCGCCGCCGGCCGCAGCGGCCACAGCGGCGUGGCGUGCGCGGCGCCGCCGCCGCCGCACUGCAGGGCAGGGGCGGGAGGGUGGGGGCGACGGCUGGCGGGCGGGCUGGGCGGGGAGGCGGCGGCGGGCCGGGAGGCCGCCGGGGCGGCCAGCGGCCCGUGCAUGCAUGCUGUGCUUGUCCCCGGGGAGCCUGCGCCUCGGCAGCCGGCGUGCAGCUGGCCGCGCAGUACCCCGCCUUCCAGCGGUACGAUCGCAAGGGCCUGGCCGCCGCGCUGCGCUUCUACGGCGCCGCCGAGCUACCCCCUGCCAUGGUGGACUGGGCACUGGACCUGACGCGCCACCACAUGAGCGCCCUGUACGAGGCCUGCCCUGACUGGGGGUGGAGCGACGCCAGGAAGCGCGGAGAGCUCGCCGACCCUGCAGCCCGGCACCUGGUGCUGGGGCAGCCGGUGGCGUUUGUGCACUUCCGGUUUGAGGAGGAGGAGGGGGAGGCGGUACUUUACUGCUACGAGAUCCAGGUGGCGGCUGCGGUACAGGGCAAGGGGCUGGGCCGCUUCCUGAUGCAGCUGCUGGAGCUGGUGGGGCGCAAGAGCGGGGUGGCCCGCCUCAUGCUGACCGUGUUCCACCAGAGCGCGGCGGCGGUGGCGCUGUACCGCAAGCUGGGGUGA